AUGGAGCUACUGACACUGUCUAAUACUGAUGCGUCUUUACGCGUAUUUCCAAAUGGGCUACGCAAACUAAAAACCAGAUACUCCAGCUGGGAACGAUACUAUACACAAAUCUACAACGCUUGCAUAAAAAAUGCUCCGAACGAGCAGUUCUUCACCCUUAUAGAUCAUCACUACUCUUCAAGCCAUUUCUCUUUAACCUCAGACGCAAUGACAGUUUUGUCUUUUAGGGGAAUUGAGAAAAAAAGCCCAUCAAAUGUUCUGAAAUUAAUGCUCAACCUGGCUCACGCAGUUCUAAACGUCUUCCUCUCAGUGAUGCAAAAGAAAAAGAGCAAGAAGGAUAAACCCCCAUUGUUGAAGUGA